AUGGCAGAGCUUCGCGACGGCGGCCCGCUCCCCCAGGCUGGUCCAAGCGUCCUCAGGGACUCAAUGCCGCCAUCGCACUCUACUGAAGCUGGCGACACUCCGCAGCCGUCCAGCCGCCAACACCUCGGCCUCAAACGCGUCGUUUCUCACCGUUCGCCCCACGGCCAUAGCGGGUCGGGAGCGGGACUCUGGCUCGCCGGCAGCCCCAGGCGCAGCGCGUCGGUCGGGAGCCGCAAGCCAUCCGCUGACGGCGGCCCGCAAGAACGCGCCUCCGACGCAAGCGGCGUUACGCCGUCCGACGGACCUCCGCGCGCCGGGCAGAGGAUGUACCAUUUCCCAGCCACGCUCGCUGGCGGACCGGCACGUCCAGGAUCAGGACCAUCGUCGAUGCGGACCGGACAGAUGAUGUCGAGCUGGCUUGGACUCGAUGGCCUCGACACCUCUAUCCAUUCCACGCCGAGCGAGGUCGACCUCGACCUCUCGUUCGACUACGUCAGCAAGAUGGAGCCGGACACGACCCCUGCGAUCCAGGUCCAUGGCGUCCCAGCUGCCGACGCUGUCGCCGAAUCACCGCCGCCUGUUGCCAAGUCCGCCUACAGUCGUGCGCCUCAGCCCAUUUCGCCAAGUCACAGGCAGAUCCGCGGCAUGGCAAGCGCAGACUGGGAGAAGCGCAAGAAGGCUCCUCCAGCUCCGUUGCCGCUGCAGUCGCACGCGAGCAGCUCUCGGUCUGGCGCGCGGCCGACCAGCGGACUCACGGCAGGCCCCGCACGGGCAUCCAGGACCAUCGGCCUGCCGCCGCACUCGAGCGAGCUCUUUGGGCAGAGUGUUUUCUCACCCCUGACACCCGAUGCUCCGACGUCCAUGGACGAAGGGAGAGGUCUCGUUGACGAUGGAGACGUGCUCCCUCUGACGCCCCUCAGCGCGACGCGUCGUGCAUCUCGGCUCCAACCUUCUGCCAAGGACUUUGACCAGCCGGCAGCCUCGAGCCACCUCGACGCGUACCUGGCGGCGGUAGGUUGCGAUCUCGCUCCCGAACGCAGCACUCCCCCCUCUCCACCGGCUUCGAACGAACCGCACCGGCAGCACGGCCAGGCGCAACGGCCCGGUCCAAGCAGAUCUGUCCGACGGCCGAGAUCGAACACUGCUUCGACCUCUGCAUCCACGCGUCCGCCUCGCCCGCCCCCGCCGACGGGGCCUCUUCCUUCUUCGCCUUUGGACCUGAGCCAUGACGCUGGCGCGGCGCCAGAUCGGCCGCGCAGGACGUCGGUCGAGAAGCAAGAUGGCCCGGCCGCGCUGUCCCGAGGCUACGGGCUCGAUCAGCAUGCGUACCCGUUUGGACUGGCUCUGCAGCCGAGUCUGGCAGACCUGACCAACAAGAGCAGCAGCAUGGCGAGUUUUCAGACGGCGGAAAGCUCGGACCUCGAAGUUGACGAGGCAGAGGCCGCCCUUGCCGUCGAGGGGACCGCAGCAAAUCACAUUGUCGGAAGCGACGAGCUGAGCCCGCGGCAGGGCUCUUCGGUGCUUGGCUCGACGCCGAUGCUGCUGAGCGCCUCCGAUGCGACUGUCAAGUCCGGGAGCUCUUCGGAUCAGUCGAGCUUCAGCCCGACAUCCCACUGCUCCCCGAUGACCCCCUUCACGCCGCUCUUUGUCGAUCAGGGCAGCGGCAAGCCGCAAGUCUCGAAUCCUGCUGACUGGCACACGGAGCUGGCCUUUGGCGGAUCCUCAAAUCUGACGGCGGAGGCGAUACGCCUCGCUCGGCAGGAUUUUCUGCCCCCGUCGUCUCCUGCUAUCGAGGUCGCUCCCUCGGACUGGCGGCCGACCGUUGCGGCCGAUGUAGUCGGCCUCUCGACAGAGGAGAAGGAGAGGCGCCAGACCGAGCUGUGGAUCCUUGCCCAGCGGCAAAGACGGGCGGAGCUGCAGCAUCGCGAGAUGCAGAAUCGGGCCGGCACGACCAUCAAGGAUGACGACAAGGAUGCACUGGACCUCGAGCGCUUUGGCGAUUCCGCUGAACCGGCGCAGAGGGACCGCAAGUCGACCGCAGGUAGCAGCAGCGACGACUACACGCGCCCCAAGCAGGUGCUCGUCAUCUCGACCGCAAGCUCACCCAGCGAUACCCUGUUCGGGCAGCCGCGGUACCCGUUCCCUGUGGUUCCCGCCUCGUCCCGGAUGGGAUCGACCGGGGAUGAUUGCCCUCUUUCGGCGAGCAUGGAUCGGAACGCCAUGUCCAGCAAUGGCAGCAACGAGCGGGCCGCGCCUCCCAUGGUCCGCAACCGGAGCGGCACCACAGGACCAUGGGCCCAGUCUCCUCUGCUGCUCAGCCCGGACGCGACUAUCACGGCACCGCUUCCACCGCCAAGCCCAGCAGGGACGACCAUCAUCCACCACCUCGAGGACGACGAGCAGAUCGACGUGCGGGAUCCGCUCGUCGACGUGACGCGCACAGACAAGGCGCUGUUCGAGCCAGCCUCCCAUGGAUCGACGCGGGCCCCCGUGCCCAGAGAGGAUGCACAGAGCCGACGCACGUCGCUGUCGCAGCGGGAAGUCAAGUCGGCCUCGGCGGUGCAGACGAGCUUUGGAGAGCAGGCGCUUCUCCCGAAGCCGGCCGAGCACCCCCCGUUGAGCUUCGGCCUCGGCCUCGGGCUGGCCCUGGAUCCGGCGUCGCUCGACGGCGGCGCGACGAAGCUGCAAAAGGCGCGCAGCGACCAGGACCUCGCGUUUGCCUACAGCUCGCGCAGGCCCAGCCUGGCCGGAUCGACGUACGACGGCGACAACACGGGCAGCCCGUACCUGGCCAUCGACAUGUUUGCCAACCCGGCGGCAUCGACGCGCCAGGACGGACAGCACGAGGUGCGGCUGCAACGAAGCUCGAUGGCGGACAAGAACCCCUCGCUGCCUGGUCCGGCCCUUGCUGGAGCGCUCGGGCUCCAUCUCGGCUUGGCGGACGGAGCCAGCCCCGUCCUACCCGACGAUUGCCGGUCGCCAAGGACCGUCAGCGGCAAGCAGCACGGCUCGAACACGGCCGGAGGCAUCGAUGCUCUUCUUGGCAGCGGCAACACCGGCAAGGCGAUCGGUGCGUCGAUCGGCGCACAAGGCGACGUGGCCGUCCACCGCGCAGUGACAAACCUGCGUCCGAACAACAACGACAGGGCCCUGCCCGAGUCGGGCAGCACGGCGUCCAACAUCUCUGCGUUUAUCUACAACCCGACGCCGCCAUCGCCGCUGUACGUCGAUGCGUUCGAGCACCCCUCCAACUUUGUCGACCUCGACCUGGACGUGGCCCCGGGCAAGGGCUCCUUCGCCCCGCCCGCAACGUCUCAUCAGGAGCCUGGCAAGGGACGGUGGCGAGCCCGGCUGUGGAACGCCGUCGGGUCGGCGGGCACGCCUGGUCUCAACCGCGCCCACUCGAUCAAGACGAUGGAGGAGGGCAACGUCAAGCGGCCGCCCUUCCGUACCCUGACCCUGCUCAGCCGCAGGCCGAGCGCUUCCAACGCCACGUUCCCCGCCGCCGCCGCCGAGGCCGCCGAGGUCGAUGCGGAGGGCAGGGAGAUGGCGGCCGGAGACGCGAGGCGCGUCACCGAGCAACUCGUGACGCACGGUUCCUUCUCUGCCCCUCCGACCUCCUUGCUGCCCAACGACGAGGCCACCUUCGCCGUAUCGCAGGCAGCGCCUGCUCCGACGCUCAGGCAGCUCGAGCUCGAAGGCCUGACGCGGGCCGAGAUUGGCAGGCCUCUGUUGGCCAUGGCGGACAUGGGUGCGACCAAACUGCAGAGGGCCAACAGCAGCGGCGGCAGCACCAAUGCCAAAGCCGCUCGGCGGAUGAGCGCGGCUGAGCGCAAGCAGAAGCGCAGCUCCGGCAUCGCCUACAUCAAGGACGACGGCGAGGUCGUCUCGCCCUGGAGCGACCCGUCGCAUGGUCGGCGCAUGUCUACCCAGGCUGUGCCCCCGGCCGUCGAGACGUCUCACCACCGUCGAACCUCGAUGACCGUCUUCGGAGGCAAGGAGCGUGCCGUCGAUCCGACCCCGGCUGGAGAGCAGCCGACUGCGGCGUCGAACCCGCUCGAGGGUCUCAAGAGCCCACGCGUCGCGCCGAGCCCGUCUGGGUUCACGCCAAGGAUGCGCUUCGAUCCGACCGACUGGGGCUCGACGGCGGCUGCCGUCCCUGCCGCUGCUCCUGGCCCGACGCUGGCCGAGCCAGCAAAGGCCAUGGCUCCCAUCAUGGACGCAUCGCACACGGGCCUGACGUUGGAAGAGGUGGAGCGGAGCCGCGCCCGGCUGAGGCUACUCGCCAACCGGACAGACCAGACCACUCCGUCGCAUCAGGAGCGCUCAGCGCCGUCCAGCUUCUCUGCCCUGCACCAGCAGGGCCCAGCAUCGGCCAAGGUGCAGCGGCCGGACCCGACUUUCGGGCUGCACCGGCGCUCGAGGACGGCUCGAUUCGCAAAUGAGCUGGCCCCAGGCCUCGACGAGCCGGAAGGCAGCGGGCACGAAGAGGCCGUCUCGGCAGCGGCGACGCGUCCGCCGACGGGCCGGCUGCACACCUUUGGCGAGGGACCGGCGUACCUCGGCGGCAACCGGCUGCGACGCAACAGCAUGCUGGCGUCGUCGAUGGCCACGUUCGCGGCGCCGUCCCGCUACCUCGACAGCGCGACGCCUUCCAAGAGCAUGUUUUGGGCCGGCUUCCUGGGCAUGCCGUGGCUCUGGCUAAUCGGCGGAUGGUGGCUGGAUGCCGAUGGCCGCAUCGUCUCGCGCCAGCCAAAACACCGAGUCGAGUUCUGGCACCAUGAGCCAAGCAUGGCCGCCGCUGCCGCCUCGACCGCCUCGAGCCUUGGCAGCUCGCCCACGCUGCAUCAGGGCGAGUUCGAGGCUCGCAGCAACGACGGCAGCGCGCCGCAGCGCUCCGACACGCCGUUGCGCACGCUGCGCAGCCAGAACACGUUUGCGUCGCUGCACUCGCACUACAGCCACCACGCGGCCUCGUUUGUCUCGUCGGCGGGCACCGCCUCGACGGCCAACGUGACCCACGCCGACCCGCGCAAGAUCCCGCGGAGCCGCACAAAGAGCCUGGCAUCGCUCAUCGACCGGCAGCCCGAGGUGGCGCUGUACCAGUCGCCGGUGCGCGUCGUCGAGGCCCCGCCUAGCCUGGCGAGCGGGGCGUCGCGCUCCUUUUCCCGCGCCGGCACGCCGCUGGCGCAGCUGGCCGAGAUGGAGGAGACGACGCAGGAGAGCGAGGAGUACGAGCGGUUGCGCGCCGAGCUCGUUGCCAAGGCGCGCGCCGCGCGCAACGCGCCGGCCGACUCUGUGCGUUCGUCGACCGAGGGUGGCCAUACGGCGGCUUCGACCGAGGCGGGGGGCCAAGCCCACCGCACCGAUGCGCCGACGCCCACCACCACCACGUCGGCCGGGCCGGAGAGCAGCGACGAAGCGUUUACGCAUCCGUUUGUGCGCCCGCUGCGGCGGCAGUGGACGGCCGAAACGAUGGUGAGCCAGCACGCGCUCCUCGCGCAGCUGGGCACGGCGCGCGGCCCGCUGGCGGCGGUGCGGCAGUGGGGCCAGCUGGAGCGCUACGUCCUCUACAACCGCAUCGCCGCCAUCUUUGGCAGCCUCGUCGUCCUCGCCGGCUGCAGCAGCGCCCUGCAGGCCAGAGCCAGGGCCAGCGUCAGCGCGACGGCGGCGGCAGCAACGGCCUCGUCGAACGCUGCUACAGUUUCCAGCAGCGGCGGCGGCGGCGGCGGCCGGACGGGGCUGGGGGGCUUGGUGGGCAAGACGGCGCUGGCCGUGGGCGGCUGGGCAGCCUCGCUUGCCGUUUCGUCGCUCACGGCUUCGUCGGCGGCCAGCUGGACGUCGGCGGCGCUCGGAGCCCCUUUGGUGCCGGUUCGCGACGACGGCCCCGGUCACGGCCCCGACGACGAGGCCGACCGGCGGACGCUGCACCAGCUCGUCAUGAUCAAGGAGGUGGUGCGCGCCCUCUUUCGUCUCCUCGUCCUCGCCAAACUCGGCGGCGGUGCAGGGCAGCAGGCGGCCGCUUCGGCGCGCUCCCUCGUCGUCGCCCAGCUUCUGGCGUGA